UCACUGUUGAAAUAAACCUACUGGUUGUAUUCUGUUACUCUAUCCUUGUAGCUCCUGGAGCCAGUGUGUCAUCAGCUGUUUGAGAUGUACCGGAGCUCUGAGGACCGCCUGAGACGCUUCACACUGCAGUUCCUUCCAGAGCUGGUCUGGGUGUACCUCCGUCUCACCGCUAGCAGGGACCGCCAGAGCAACGGCUGCAUAGAGGCCUUGCUGCUGGGCAUAUAUAACCUGGUAACUACUACUACCUACCAACCUAACCUGCUUGACUUACCUGGACAUCUAUCAUGGGGGGCUACUAAUAGAAUAAGGGGUGGGAAAGACUGAGGGGUUAGGAGAUAGGGCUUUAGUUUCUAUGGCAUAUUAUUAUUAUUAUAGGGCUUUAGUUUCUAUGGAAGUCUGGAUGUUAGGGGUGGAGAUGGGGCUUUAGUCUCUAUGGAAGAGGCUGGAUGUUAGGGGUUAGGGGAUAGGGCUUUAGUCUCUAUGGAAGAGGCUGGAUGUUAGGGGUUAGGGGAUAGGGCUUUAGUCUCUAUGGAAGAGGCUGGAUGUUAGGGGGUUAGGGGAUAGGGCUUUAGUCUCUAUGGAAGAGGCUGGGAUGUUAGGGGUGGAGAUAGUGGCUUUAGUCUCUAUGGAAGAGGCUGAUGUUAGGGGUUAGGGGAUAGGGCUUUAGUCUCUAUGGAAGGGGCUGGAUGUUAGGGGUUAGGAGAUAGGGCUUUAGUCUCUAUGGAAGGGGCUGGAUGUUAGGGGUUAGGAGAUAGGGCUUUAGUCUCUAUGGAAGAGGCUGGAUGUUAGGGGUGGAGAUAGGGCUUUAGUCUCUAUGGAAGAGGCAGGAUGUUAGGGGUUAGGAGAUAGGGCUUAGGUCUCUAUGGAAGAGGGCACGGAUGUUAGGGGUUCAGGAGAAUUAGGAGGGGCUUAGGUCUCUAUGGAAGAGGCUGGAUGUUUAGGGGUUAAGGGGAUAGUGCUUUGGUCUCUAUGGAAGGGGCUGGAUGUUAGGGGUGCAGCCAGUGCUGAUAGUCAGAUGAAGGUCCGCUGUCAGUACUGGAAGGGGCUGGAUGUUAGGGGUGCAGCCAGUGCUGAUAGUCAGAUGAAGGUCCGCUGUCAGUACUGGAAGAGGCAGGAUGUUAGGGGAUAGGGAUGUUAUGGGUUAGGGGAUAGGGAUGUUAGGGGUUAGGAGAUGGGCUUUAGUCUCUAUGGACGAGGCCUGGAUUAGGGGAUGGCUGUUAGGGGUUAGGUGAUAGGGAUGUAGGGGUUAGGAGAUAGGGCUUUAGUCUCUAUGGAAGAGGCUGGAUGUUAGGGGUUAGGGGAUAGGGAUGUUAGGGGUUAGGGGAUAGGGAUGUUAGGGGUUAGGAGAUAGGGCUUUAGUCUCUAUGGAAGAGGCUGGAUGUUAGGGGUUAGGGGAUAGGGAUGUUAGGGGAUAGGGAUGUUAGGGGUUAGGGGAUAGGGAUGUUAGGGGUUAGGAGAUAGGGCUUUAGUCUCUAUGGAAGAGGCUGGAUGUUAGGGGAUAAGGGAUGUUAGGGGUUAGGGGAUAGGGAUGUUAGGGGUUAGGAGAUCGGGCUUUAGUCUCUAUGGAAGAGGCUGGAUGUUAGGGGUUAGGAGAUAGGGCUUUAGUCUCUAUGGAAGAGGCUGGAUGUUAGGGGUUAGGAGAUAGGGCUUUAGUCUCUAUGGAAGAGGCUGGAUGUUAGGGGUUAGGAGAUAGGGCUUUAGUCUCUAUGGAAGAGGCUGGAUGUUAGGGGUUAGGGGAUAGGGCUUUAGUCUCUAUGGAAGAGGCUGGAUGUUAGGGGUUAGGGGAUAGGGCUUUAGUCUCUAUGGAAGGGGCUGGAUGUUAGGGGUGCAGCCAGUGCUGAUAGUCAGAUGAAAGUCCGCUGUCAGUACUGGAAGAGGCAGGAUGUUAGGGGUGCAGCCAGUGCUGAUAGUCAGAUGAAGGUCCGCUGUCAGUACUGGAGAGGCAGGAUGUUAGGGGUGCAGCCAGUGCUGAUAUCAGAUUAAGGAUCCGCUUUCCAGUAACUUGGAAGAGGGCAGGAUGUUAGGGGUCAAGCCAUGCUGAUAGUCAGAUGAAAGGUCCUCAUUAUCAGUAUGGAAGAGGCAGGAUUGUUGGGGUGCCGCCCCAGUGCUGAUAGUCAAAUGAGGUCCUCUGUCAGUCUGUAAGGGUCUGGAUGUGAUGGGGUUCAAGCCAUUGGCUGAUAUCAGAUGAGGUCCGCCCUGUCAGUACUUGAAAGAUGCAGGAUGUUCGGGUGCAGCUCAUUUGGCUGAAGUCAAUUAGUCGCUGUGCAGUAUGGAAGAGGCAGGAUGUUUAGGGGUGGCAAGCCAGUGCUGAUAGUCCAGAUGAAGGUCCCCCCCCCCGCUGUCAGUAAACUGGGAAUAGGCAUGAUGUUAGGGGUUCGCCAGUGCUGAUAGUCGAGAUGAAGGUUUCCCGUUUGUCAGUACUGGAAGGGGCUGGAUGUUAGGGGUGCAGCCAGUGCUGAUAGUCAGAUGAAGGUCCGCUGUCAGUACUGGAAGGGGCGGAUGUUUAGGGGUUCAGCCAGGUGCUGAUCGUCGAUGAAGGUCCGCUGGUCAGGACUGGAAGGGCUGGAUGUUAGAGGGGGAGGGAAGAGAUUUGGUCCUCCUUGUCUUAUAUGCUUCAGCUUAAGGUCCGCUGUCGAGUAACAUGGAAGAGGGCAGAUAGUUAGGGUGCAGCCAGUGCUGAUAUUCAGAUGAAGGUCCGCUGUCAGUACUGGAAGAGGCAGGAUGUUAGGGGUGCAGCCAGUGCUGAUAGUCAGAUGAAGGUCCGUUGUCAGUACUGGAAGGGGCCUGGGGAUGUUUAUGGGGUGCAGCCAUGCUGAUGUCAGAUGGAAGGUCCGCUGUCAGUACUGGUGAAGGGGCUGGAUGUUGAUAGGUGGUAGGGGAUAGGGUUUUAGUCCUCUAUGGAAGAGGCUGGAUGUUUUAGGGGGGUUAGGGUAGGGCUUAGUCUCUAUGGAAGAGGCUGGAUGUUAGGGGUUAGGAAUAGGGCUUAGUCUCUAUGGAAGAGUCUGGAUGUUAGGUGGGAGAUAGGGCUUUAUCCUCUUAUGGAAGAUGCUGGAUGUUAGGGGUUAGGAGAUAGGGCUUUUAGUCUCUAUGGAAGAGGCUGGAUGUUUAGGGGUUAGGGGGAUAGGAGGGCCUUUACGUCUCAUGGAAUAGGCUGGAUGUUAGGGUUAGAGAAUAGAGGCUUUAGUCCUUAUGGAAGAGGCUGGAAUUUAGGGGUUAGGAGAUAGGGCUUUUAGUCUCCGAAUGGAUGGGCGUUGAUGUUAGGGGUUAGGAGAUGGGCUUUGUCCUCUAUGGAAGAGGCUUGGAUGUUAGGGUUAGGAGCUAGGGCUUUAUUCUCUAUGGAAGAGGCUUGCAUUUAGGUUAGGGGAUAGGAUGUUAGGUGUUAGGGGAUCGUGAUGUUUAGGGUUAGGAGAUCGGGCCUUAGUCUCUAUGGAAGAGGCCGAGGGAUGUUGGGGUUAGGGGAUAUGAUGUUAGGGGAUAGGGAUUUAGGGGUAGGAGAGAGUGCUUUAGUCCUCUAUGAAGAGGCUGGAUUUUCGGGGUUAGGAUGGGAAUGUUAGGGGUUAGGGGAUAGGAUGUUAAGGGGUUAGGAGAUAGGGCUUUAGUCCGCUAUGAAGAGGCUGUGAAUGUUAGGGUUAGGGGAUAGGAUGUGAGGGGUUAGGGGAUAGGUAUGUUAGGGGUUGGAGAAGGGGCUUUUAGUCUCCUAUGAAGAGGCUGGAUGUUAGUGGUUAGGGUAUAGGGAUGUUAGGGGUUAGUUGAUAGGGAUUUAGGGUUAGGAGAUAGGGCUUUAGGUCUCUAGGAAAGGCGCAUUUAUGGGUUUAGGGAUAGGAUGUUAGGGGUUAGGAGAUAUGUCUUUUAGUCUCUAUAAGAAGGCUGGCUGUUUGUGGUUAGGGGAUAGGAUGUUCUAUGGGUUAGUAACUUUGCAGUGACUUGUUGUUUUGUCACAGUGACUGUUUUCACAAAGUGUUGAGUGUGCUGUUCGUGCUUGGAGAUCGGGGCUUUAUCUCUUGGAGAGGCUGGAUGUUAGGAUAGGGAUGUUAGGGGUGAGGAUAGGAUGUUAGGGUUAGGAGAUAGUGCUUUAUUCUCUAUUGGAAGAGGCUGAUGUUAGGGUAGUGGAUAGUGAUUUAGGGGUUGGAGAUAGGGCCUUAGUCUCUAUGAAGAGCUGGAUGUUAGGGGUUAGGGUGAUAGGGAUGUUAGGGGGGUUGGGGAAGGAUGUUUGGGGUUGUUAGGGGAUAGUGGAUUUUAGGGGUUAGGAAUAGGGCUUUAGUCUCUAUGGAAGAGGCUGGAUGUUAGGGAUAGGGAUGUAGGGGAUGGGGAUGUGGUGUUAGAGAUAGGCUUUAGUCUCUAUGGAAGAGGCUGGAUGUUAGGGGUUAGGGGAUAGGGAUGUUAGGGGUUAGGGGAUAGGGAUGUUAGGGGUUAGGAGAUAGGGCUUUAGUCUCUAUGGAAGAGGCUGGAUGUUAGGGGUUAGGGGAUAGGGAUGUUAGGGGAUAGGGAGUUUAGGGGUGUUAGGAGAUAGGCUUUUAGUCUCUAUGGAAGAGGCUGGAUGUUAGGGGUUUAGGGGAUAGGAUGUUAGGGGUUAGGGGAUAGGGAUGUUAGGGGUUAGGAGAUAGGGCUUAGUCUCUAUGGAAGAGGCUGGAUGUUAGGGGUUAGGGGAUAGGGAUGUUAGGGGUUAGGGGAUAGGGAUGUUAGGGGUUAGGAGAUAGGGCUUUAGUCUCUAUGGAAGAGGCUGGAUGUUAGGGGUUAGGGAUAGGGAUGUUAGGGGGUAAGGGAUAGGGAUGUUAGGGGUUAGGGGAUAGGGAUGUUAGGGGUUAGGAGAUAGGGCUUUAGUCUCUAUGGAAGAGGCUGGAUGUUAGGGGAUAGGGAUGUUAGGGGAUAGGGAUGUUAGGGGUUAGGAGAUAGGGCUUUAGUCUCUAUGGAAGAGGCUACUAAGAUGCUGUAAGGACGUGUGUAAAGGACGGACCCCUGGGUCUGUCUAGUAAGAGCUAGAGAUAUCAAUGGAGAGGGCUCUGUCUAUGUGUCUUCUCUCCUCUACCAUGGCUGUAGACAACUCUGAUCAGUUACACAGCCUGGCUCUCUGCAGACAGACAUCAGAUAUACAGAGAGCUGCUGGCUCUGGGCUCUGGGCAGGCAGCCAGGCAGGGAAAGGCAUGGUUAGCAAUUAGCAUAACAGUCAAGGACAUGGUUAGCAUGGUAGCAGGGUUAGCAUUAUCACAGCUUUGAAGAACAUGGUUAGCAUGAUAAGCAAUUAGCAUGGUUAGCAAUAGCAUGGUUAUUAAUAGCAUAAUAGCAUGGUUAGCAAUAGCAUAGUUAGUAACAGCAUGGUUAGCAAUAGCAUGGUUAGCACAGUAGUGAAGGGCAUGGCUAGCAUGGUUAGCGUUAGCAGUGCUGAUCUCAUGAAGGAUUAGUGUUGGGGGACAGACAGACCCAGUGAGUAACUCUCCCAGAGGACAGACAGACCCAGUGAGUAACUCUCCCAGAGGACAGACAGACCCAGUGAGUAACUCUCCCAGAGGACAGACAGACCCAGUGAGUAACUCUCCCAGAGGACAGACUGACCCAGUGAGUAACUCUCCCAGAGGACAGACAGACCCAGUGAGUAACUCUCCCAGAGGACAGACAGACCCAGUGAGUAACUCUCCCAGAGGACAGACAGACCCAGUGAGUAACUCUCCCAGAGGACAGACAGACCCAGUGAGUAACUCUCCCAGAGGACAGACAGACCCAGUGAGUAACUCUCCCAGAGGACAGACAGACCCAGUGAGUAACUCUCCCAGAGGACAGACAGACCCAGUGAGUAACUCUCCCAGAGGACAGACAGACCCAGUGAGUAACUCUCCCAGAGGACAGACAGACCCAGUGAGUAACUCUCCCAGAGGACAGACAGACCCAGUGAGUAACUCUCCCAGAGGACAGACAGACCCAGUGAGUAACUCUCCCAGAGGACAGACAGACCCAGUGAGUAACUCUCCCAGAGGACAGACAGACCCCAGUGAGUAACUCUCCCAGAGGACAGACAGACCCAGUGAGUAACUCUCCCAGAGGACAGACAGACCCAGUGAGUAACUCUCCCAGAGGACAGACAGACCCAGUGAGUAACUCUCCCAGAGAUAGGAGAGAAGACUAAGGGCAUGCAGUCCAGCACGACGCAGAGAUCACUAGUCAUGCUCUCAAAGCACACGCACGCACACGCACUGUCCACCAGACUGUUAAAAUCAACCAACCAACCCGGCCAAAAAGCUUGUGUUUCAUUGACCUCUGCGUUGAAGAGCUUGGUUGUUUAGCAACAAAACCGAGGCAUGUGGAACUACGGGGCAAAACAGACAGGGUUGUCUUAGGUUGUUGAAACGUGGAAACUCUAUUUCACCUCCAAUGUUUAUUAAAACGUGGAAACUCUAUUUCACCUCCAAUGUUUAUUAAAACGUGGAAACUCUAUUUCACCUCCAAUGUUUAUUAAAACGUGGAAACUCUAUUUCACCUCCAAUGUUUAUUAAAACGUGGAAACUCUAUUUCCCCUCCAAUGUUUAUUAAAACGUGGAAACUCUAUUUCACCUCCAAUGUUUAUUAAAACGUGGAAACUCUAUUUCACCUCCAAUGUUUAUUAAAACGUGGAAACUCUAUUUCACCUCCAAUGUUUAUUAAAACGUGGGAAACUCUAUUUCACCUCCAAUGUUUAUUAAAACGUGGAAACUCUAUUUCACCUCCAAUGUUUAUUAAAACGUGGAAACUCUAUUUCACCUCCAAUGUUUAUUAAAACGUGGAAACUCUAUUUCACCUCCAAUGUUUAUUAAAACGUGGAAACUCUAUUUCCCUAUGGAGGACUAAAAGUGCCACAAUUAAAUAAAUAAAUACACCAUUAAAUAAUUACUUAAAUGUGUCAUUAAUUAAUUAAAAUUAGAAUUAAAUACAUAAAUGUGUAAUUAAAUGUAUCAUUAAUUAAUUCAAAUACCGAUUCAUUUUAUGUAAAAUACAUAUAUAAUUAUUUCACUAUUUACAUUUACAUUUCAUGAUCCUGCAUUGCAGUGAUUCAUGAAUUACUUAAAACUGUCAAACUGACCCAUCAAAGUCAGUGGGCGGGGCUAACGCGAAUCUAGUCUGAUCCAUUGCUUUGGUCUGAAGUAGAGUAGGCCAACCUGGAUAGAGACAAUGGAGGAUCUCCGUGAACUUUCCAGGGAGUUGGUUAGAGACAUUUUAAACUUAGCAGAGGAUGUAGAAGCAGGACCUGCUGACAUUAUCCGGAAUUGAUUUGUCUUGGCUUGAUGCAGAGGGUAACCAAUCAGGCGUUAGGUUCCGCCUACCAACUUUUGAUGGGUCAGUUUGACAGUUUUAAGUAAUUCAGGAAGCACUCCAACGCAGGACCAUGAAAUGUAAAUGUAAAUAGUGAAAUUAUUAUAUAUGUAUUUUACAUAAAAUGAAUCGGUAUUUGAAUUAAUUAAUGACACAUUUAAUAACACAUUUAUGUAUUUAAUUCUAAUUUUAAUUAAUUAAUGACACAUUUAAGUAAUUAUUUAAUGGUGUAUUUAUUUAUUUAAUUGUGGCACUUUUAGUCCUCCAUAUUUCCCCUCCAAUGUUUAUUAAAACGUGGAAAUCCAAUGUUUAUUAAAACGUGGAAACUCUAUUUCACCUCCAAUGUUUAUUGAAAACAUAAAUAUAUUUGCACAAUGCAGCACUUGUCUCAAAUACAUUGUUCCAGUUGUUGGUUGGCUAGCUAGCGAAUUUUAGCCGUAUUAGCAUUGACAUGAACUCCAUAAAACACCAUAAAACAAGACAUGGUAUCAAGAACAAGAUGAAACUAGCUGAAACGAGCCACUUACGAUUCCCCACUUGGCAGCUUCUUGUCAUUGUUGGUAGCUAUCUGGCCUUCCAGAAUCACAACAACACACAGACUUCUGCCCCAUUGAAGCUCAUCGUUUUAGUGAAGUUCUCAGCACACCCACACGAGCACUGUCAACCAGACUGUUCAAACCAACCAACCAACCCGGCCAAAAAGCUCUCCAACAUGACUUUCUCUCUGUUUUUUCAGGAGAUCGUGGACAAAGAUGGAAACAGCAAGCUCCUGUUGUUCACCAUCCCCUCCCUGUCCAAGCCCUCUGUGUAUCACGAGGUAAGACUGGUAGCCUGUUGUUCACCGUCCCCUCCCUGUCCAAGCCCUCUGUGUAUCACGAGGUAAGACUGGUAGCCUGUUGUUCACCGUCCCCUCCCUGUCCAAGCCCUCUGUGUAUCACGAGGUAAGACUGGUAGCCUGUUGUUCACCGUCCCCUCCCUGUCCAAGCCCUCUGUGUAUCACGAGGUAAGACUGGUAGCCUGUUGUUCACCGUCCCCUCCCUGUCCAAGCCCUCUGUGUAUCACGAGGUAAGACUGGUAGCCUGUUGUCACCGUCCCCUCCCUGUCCAAGCCCUCUGUGUAUCACGAGGUAAGACUGGUAGCCUGUUGUUCACCGUCCCCUCCCUGUCCAAGCCCUCUGUGUAUCACGAGGUAAGACUGGUAGCCUGUUGUUCACCGUCCCCUCCCUGUCCAAGCCCUCUGUGUAUCACGAGGUAAGACUGGUAGCCUGUUGUUCACCGUCCCCUCCCUGUCCAAGCCCUCUGUGUAUCACGAGGUAAGACUGGUAGCCUGUUGUUCACCGUCCCCUCCCUGUCCAAGCCCUCUGUGUAUCACGAGGUAAGACUGGUAGCCUGUUGUUCACCGUCCCCUCCCUGUCCAAGCCCUCUGUGUAUCACGAGGUAAGACUGGUAGCCUGUUGUUCACCGUCCCCUCCCUGUCCAAGCCCUCUGUGUAUCACGAGGUAAGACUGGUAGCCUGUUGUUCACCGUCCCCUCCCUGUCCAAGCCCUCUGUGUAUCACGAGGUAAGACUGGUAGCCUGUUGUUCACCAUCCCCUCCCUGUCCAAGCCCUCUGUGUAUCACGAGGUAGACUGGUAGCCUGUUGUUCACCGUCCCCUCCCUGUCCAAGCCCUCUGUGUAUCACGAGGUAAGACUGGUAGCCUGUUGUUCACCGUCCCCUCCCUGUCCAAGCCCUCUGUGUAUCACGAGGUAAGACUGGUAGCCUGUUGUUCACCGUCCCCUCCCUGUCCAAGCCCUCUGUGUAUCACGAGGUAAGACUGGUAGCCUGUUGUUCACCGUCCCCUCCCUGUCCAAGCCCUCUGUGUAUCACGAGGUAAGACUGGUAGCCUGUUGUUCACCGUCCCCCUCCCUGUCCAAGCCCUCUGUGUAUCACGAGGUAAGACUGGUAGCCUGUUGUUCACCGUCCCCUCCCUGUCCAAGCCCUCUGUGUAUCACGAGGUAAGACUGGUAGCCUGUUGUUCACCGUCCCCUCCUUCCAAGCCCUCUGUGUAUCACGAGGUAAGACUGGUAGCCUGUUGUUCACCAUCCCCUCCCUGUCCAAGCCCUCUGUGUAUCACGAGGUAAGACUGGUAGCCUGUUGUUCACCGUCCCCUCCCUGUCCAAGCCCUCUGUGUAUCACGAGGUAAGACUGGUAGCCUGUUGUUCACCGUCCCCUCCCUGUCCAAGCCCUCUGUGUAUCACGAGGUAAGACUGGUAGCCUGUUGUUCACCGUCCCCUCCCUGUCCAAGCCCUCUGUGUAUCACGAGGUAAGACUGGUAGCCUAGCAGUUAGACCGGUGGGCCAGUAACCGAACGGUCGCUGGUUUGAAUACCCGAGCCGACAAGGUGAAAAAUCUGUCAAUGUGCCUUUGGGCAAGGUACUUAACCCUAAUUUGCUCCAGGGGCACCGUAGUACUAUGGCUGACCCUGUAGAACAACACAUUACACUGCACCUAUCAUACUACUAUGGCUGACCCUGUAGAACAACACAUUACACUGGACCUAUCAUACUACUAUGGCUGACCCUGUAGAACAACACAUUACACUGGACCUAUCAUACUACUAUGGCUGACCCUGUAAAACAACACAUUACACUAUGUAGGUCCAGCUGUUUAUCAUCUAACCUGGCCGUAAGGCAGCUUAUUAUCUGACCACCUGGACUCAUCUAACCUGGCCGUAAGGCAGCUUAUUAUCUGACCACCUGGACUCAUCUAACCUGGCCGUAAGGCAGCUUAUUAUCUGACCACCUGGACUCAUCUAACCUGGCCGUAAGGCAGCUUAUUAUCUGACCACCUGGACUCAUCUAACCUGGCCGUAAGGCAGCUUAUUAUCUGACCACCUGGACUCAUCUAACCUGGCCGUAAGGCAGCUUAUUAUCUGACCACCUGGACUCAUCUAACCUGGCCGUAAGGCAGCUUAUUAUCUGACCACCUGGACUCAUCUAACCUGGCCGUAAGGCAGCUUAUUAUCUGACCACCUGGACUCAUCUAACCUGGCCGUAAGGCAGCUUAUUAUCUGACCACCUGGAGGAUGAAGAAUGGAGGCUCAGCUCUGUGCUGCUGUUCUCAUCGUUCACCUCUAGGGGGCAACGGUGGUUUAUAUAAUUUUCCUAUUUUUAGUUCUACGCUGCUCUGCAGUUGGUCAACCCUUUAGAGACAGACCACCUGACAGAUACGAGAAUCAAUGAACUGAGCUCAUUAGCUGGAACACAAAUUGUUUAGCUACUAUUCUACCAGGCCAAAUGGAAGUGUGUGUGUGCUGGUGUUAUGUUAGCCCUCAGCUGUUACUGUGAGGCUAAUGGCACCCUACUCCCUCUGUAGGGCACUAUGGGCCCUGCUGAAAAGUAGUGCACUAUAGGGGAGGGGUUCCCUAACGUUUUUACUCAGGCCCCCUGUCCAGCGUUGGGGAACAUCCCACUCCUCCCUAACGUUUUUACUCAGGCCCCCUGUCCAGCGUUGGGGAACAUCCCACUCCUCCCUGCGCGUUUUUACUCAGGCCCCCUGUCCAGCGUUGGGGAACAUCCCACUCCUCCCUAACGUUUUUACUCAGGCCCCUGUCCAGCGUUGGGGAACAUCCCACUCCUCCCUAACGUUUUUACUCAGGCCCCCUGUCCAGCGUUGGGGAACAUCCCACUCCUCCCUAACGUUUUUUACUCAGGCCCCCUGUCCAGCGUUGGGGAACAUCCCACUCCUCCCUAACGUUUUUUACUCAGGCCCCCUGUCCAGCGUUGGGGAACAUCCCACUCCUCCCUGCGUGUUUUUACUCAGGCCCCCUGUCCAGCGUUGGGGAACAUCCCACUCCUCCCUAACGUUUUUACUCAGGCCCCCUGUCCAGCGUUGGGGAACAUCCCACUCCUCCCUAACGUUUUUACUCAGGCCCCCUGUCCAGCGUUGGGGAACAUCCCACUCCUCCCUGCGUGUUUUUACUCAGGCCCCCCUGUCCAGCGUUGGGGAACAUCCCACUCCUCCCUGCGUGUUUUUACUCAGGCCCCCUGUCCAGCGUUGGGGAACAUCCCACUCCUCCCUAACGUUUUUUACCCCAGGCCCCCUGUCCAGCGUUGGGGAACAUCCCCUCCCCUGCGCGUUUUUUACUCAGGCCCCCUGUCCAGCGUUGGGGAAACAUCCCACUCCUCCCUAACGUUUUUACUCAGGCCCCCUGUCCAGCGUUGGGGAACAUCCCACCUCCUGCGUGUUUUUACUAGGCCCCUGUCCAGCGUGGGGAACAUCCCCUUCCUCCCGCGUGUUUUUAUCGGCCCCCUGUCCAGCUUUGGGGGAAAACACCCCACUCCCCCCUAACGUUUUACUCAGGCCCCCUGUCCAGCGUUGGGGAACAUCCCACUCCUCCCUGCCCCCUGCCCCAGCGUUGGGGAACACCCACUCCUCCCUGCGCGUUUUUACUCAGGCCCCUGUCCAGCGUUGGGGAACAUCCCACUCCUCCCUAACGUUUUUACUCAGGCCCCCGUCCAGCUUUGGGGGAAACAUCCCACUCCUCCCAAACGUUUUUACUCAGGCCCCCGUCCAGCGGUUGGGGAACAUCCCACUCCUCCCUAACGUUUUUACUCAGGCCCCCUGUCCAGCGUUGGGGAACAUCCCACUCCUCCCUGCGUGUUUUUACUCAGGCCCCUGUCCAGCGUUGGGGAACAUCCCACUCCUCCCUGCGUGUUUUUACUCAGGCCCCCUGUCCAGCGUUGGGGAACAUCCCACUCCUCCCUAACGUUUUUUACUCAGGCCCCCAUGUCCAGCGUUGGGGAACAUCCCACUCCUCCCUACGUUUUUUACUCAGGCCCCCUGUCCAGCGUUGGGGAACAUCCCACUCCUCCCUACGUUUUUACUCAGGCCCCCUGUCCAGCGUUGGGGAACAUCCCACUCCUCCCUAACGUUUUUUACUCAGGCCCCCUGUCCAGCGUUGGGGAACAUCCCACUCCUCCCUGCGUGUUUUACUCAGGCCCCCUGUCCAGCGUUGGGGAACAUCCCACUCCUCCCUAACGUUUUUACUCAGGCCCCCUGUCCAGCGUUGGGGAACAUCCCACUCCUCCCCUAACGUUUUUACUCAGGCCCCCUGUCCAGCGUUGGGGAACAUCCCACUCCUCCCUAACGUUUUUUACUCAGGGCCCCCUGUUCCAGCGUUGGGGAACAUCCCCUCCUCCCUAACGUUUUACUCAGGCCCCCUGUCCAGCGUUGGGGAACAUCCCACUCCUCCCUAACGUUUUACUCAGGCCCCCUGUCCAGCGUUGGGGAAAUCACCCACUCCUCCCUAACGUUUUUACUCAGGCCCCCUGUCCAGCGUUGGGGAACAUCCCACUCCUCCCUGCGUGUUUUUACUCAGGCCCCCUGUCCAGCGUUGGGGAACAUCCCACUCCUCCCUGCGUGUUUUUACUCAGGCCCCCUGUCCAGCGUUGGGGAACAUCCCACUCCUCCCUGCGUGUUUUUUACUCAGGCCCCCUGUCCAGCGUUGGGGAACAUCCCACUCCUCCCUAACGUUUUACUCAGGCCCCCUGUCCAGCGUUGGGGACCAUCCCACUCCUCCCUGCGUGUUUUACUCAGCCCCCUGUCCAGCUUGGGGAACACUCCCCUAUCCCUACGUGUUUUUACUCAGGCCCCUUCCACUUGGGACAUCCCACUCCUCCCUGCGUGUUUUUACUCAGGCCCCCUGUCCAGCGUUGGGGAACAUCCCACUCCUCUCCUGCGUGUUUUUACUCAGGCCCCCUGUCCAGCGUUGGGGAACAUCCCACUCCUCCCUGCGUGUUUUACUCAGGCCCCUGUCCAGCGUGGGGAACAUCCCACUCCUCCCUGCGCGUUUUUACUCAGGCCCCCUGUCCAGCGUUGGGGAACAUCCCACUCCUCCCUGCUGUUUUACUCAGGCCCCCUGUCCAGCGUUGGGGAAAUCCCACUCCUCCCUAACGUUUUACUCAGGCCCCUGUCCAGCGUUGGGAACAUCCCUCCUCCCUGCGUGUUUUUACUCAGGCCCCUGUCCAGCGUUGGGAACAUCCACUCUCCCUGCGCGUUUUACUCAGGCCCCCUGUCCAGCGUGGGGAACAUCCCACUCCUCCCUAACGUUUUUACUCAGCCCCCUGUCCAGCGUUGGGGAACAUCCCACUCCUCCCUGCGUGUUUUUACUCAGGCCCCCUGUCCAGCGUUGGGGAACAUCCCACUCCUCCCUGCGUGGUUUUUACUCAGGCCCCCUGUCCAGCGUUGGGGAACAUCCCACUCCUCCCUAACGUUUUUAACUCAGGCCCCCUGUCCAGCGUUGGGGACAUCCCACUCCUCCCUGCGUGUUUUUACUCCAGGCCCCCUGUCCAGCGUUGGGGAACAUCCCACUCCUCCCUAACGUUUUUACUCAUGCCCCCUGUCCAGCGUUGGGAACAUCCCACUCCUCCCUAACGUUUUUACUCAGGCCCCCGUCCAGCGUUGGGGAACAUCCCACUCCUCCCUAACGUUUUUACUCAGGCCCCCUGUCCAGCGUUGGGGAACAUCCCACUCCUCCCUAACGUUUUUACUCAGGCCCCCUGUCCAGCGUUGGGGAACAUCCCACUCCUCCCUAACGUUUUUACUCAGGCCCCCUGUCCAGCGUUGGGGAACAUCCCACUCCUCCCUGCGUGUUUUACUCAGUUCCCCUGUCCAGCGUUGGGGAACAUCCCACUCCUCCCUAACGUUUUUACUCAGGCCCCCUGUCCAGCGUUGGGGAACAUCCCACUCCUCCCUAACGUUUUUACUCAGGCCCCCUGUCCAGCGUUGGGGAACAUCCCACUCCUCCCUAACGUUUUUACUCAGGCCCCCUGUCCAGCGUUGGGGAACAUCCCACUCCUCCCUGCGUGUUUUACUCAGGCCCCCUGUCCAGCGUUGGGGAACAUCCCACUCCUCCCUAACGUUUUUUACUCAGGGCCCCCUGUCCAGCGUUGGGGAACAUCCCACUCCUCCCUAACGUUUUAUCAGGCCCCCUGUCCAGCGUUGGGGAACAUCCCACUCCUCCCUAACGUUUUUACUCAGGCCCCCUGUCCAGCGUUGGGGAACAUCCCACUCCUCCCUGCGCGUUUUUACUCAGGCCCCCUGUCCAGCGUUGGGGAACAUCCCACUCCUCCCUGCGUGUUUUUACUCAGGCCCCUGUCCAGCGUUGGGGAACAUCCCACUCCUCCCUAAACGUUUUUACUCAGGCCCCCUGUCCAGCGUGGGAACAUCCCACCUCCUCCCUGCGUGUUUUUACUCAGGCCCCCCUGUCCAGCGUUGGGGAACAUCCCACUCCUCCCCUGCCCCCUGUCCAGCGUUGGGGAAAACAUCCCCCACUCCUCCCUGCGUGUUUUUACUCAGGCCCCCUGUCCAGCGUUGGGGAACAUCCCACUCCUCCCUAACGUUUUUACUCAGGCCCCCUGUCCAGCGUUGGGGAACAUCACACUCCUCCCUGCGCGUUUUUUCUAUGGAUACAAGCACUGUUCAUGACUCUAUGGUUGGCGGAUAAAACAUUUAGCAGCUUUAAAGCUUAUUUUCUUGCAAUUCUACACAUUUUGCCAUGUCUAAUGUGUAUUCAUGUGAUAUUUGAUUGACAAAAAAAUUAUAUCUAUGGGUUAAAAAACAUAGCAAAAAUGUUUUUGCUGACAUGGGCUUGUUGAUCUGGACAUUUCUGACCAGUUAUAAAUAUCUCUCUAAGGUCUGUAAUGACUAACAUGACAAGAUGAACUGCUGAUGCACGACCCAAUAUAGAAAUGGCAUAUAGACAUUUCACCUUGUGCGUUCUACUAUUACAACUUUGAAGAGUAAGUUGAAAGCUGGACUGAGUUCCUUAAAAAAAAAACCUGCCGACCCCUACGCGCCCCCCUGCCGACCCCUAGGCGCCCCCCUGCCGACCCCUACGCGCCCCCCUGCCAACCCCUAGGCGCCCCCCCCCUGCCGACCCUACGCGCCCCCCUGCCGACCCCUAGGCGCCCCCCCCUGCCGACCCCUAGGCGCCCCCCUGCCGACCCCUAGGCGCCCCCCCCCUGCCGACCCCUACGCGCCCCCCCUGCCGACCCCUAGGCGCCCCCCCUGCCGACCCCUAGGCGCCCCCCCUGCCGACCCCUAG